AUGGGCUCUGGCAAGAAGGAAAAAUAUCUUUCAAUUCUGCUCCAGAGUGGUAGAUUUGUACUUCUCCAGAAGAUUGCAAAGGGUCAACCAUGGCAAGAUAUAACUCAGAAUAAACAUAACUUCCAGGGGAUUAAGUUGUUCUCCCUGGAUGAAGGUACCUCAAAGUAUCAUGAACUGACUAGAGAGGAUUACGAGCCCAUAGUGUUUGAAUAUAGAUAUGGUUACGAAUUUAGAGAUAAUGUAAAAUGUGUGAUGAUUACUAAUAAUGGUAAAAAUAUGUGGACCCACACGGAAGACACUGAGUUUGGGUAUCCUAAAGGGGUAUACUUAGAUCUCCGUAGAAACUCAUUCAGUGUCACAAAUCUCAAAGAUCAGACAAAAACAGUUGUUCCAUGGGUACGUUCAGAUACAACAGAUGUAUCAGCUCCUGUGGAAGCUCCUGUAACUAAAGCUGCAGUAGUGACCCCUAAAGGAACUCCUGUAGCAGGUCCACCAAUUGUCAAACUGUACUCAAGUAAACCAGGGGAACUCACAUGUAAAGUUGAGAAAGAGUUUGACGACUUUGAUUAUUGGCUAGAGGAUCUCCAAUGUGUGUUGAUUACGCAUGACGGAAACUGUGUCUGGAAACAUGAAACUGGUAAACCCUACCCAAGGUACAUGAGCUACAACGAGGAGGACUGUAAAAUAGUUGUAAGUUUCGAACAAGAUUAUUAUAUGUGUACCAAGCACGAGAGUGGGUGGAAAUCGGUGAUACGUAGUCACGACGGUAUGACUGGUGGUACUGGCCCAUCAUACGCAUUUGGUGAUACCUCUGCCUUAACUAAAUCUUAUAACAUUAUUUCAACUGGACCUACCACUGAACCAACUGAGGCUAAGACAGUCGCCGCUCCAGCAGUAACUGCUCCACCCACACCCACUGAACCUACCAAGGUGGCUCUUGACAUUGAGAAUAAGGAAAGUACCACCGAGUGUGACUACAAGGAUGACAAUGGAGUUGUAACAUAUACUCACAAGGUUGGUUACUUGUUCAAUAAGGUAUUGGAGGGUGAGUAUGAAAUAUGGAAAUCAGUUGCUAAUGUAUUUGGUAAGCUGGUAAGGACUAAGGAAACCAAGGGUAUUAAUUACCUUGUGGUACUACUGACCAAUAGGGCAUUCACACUGUACCAAGAGUCUGAUAAAGAGUGGAAGGAUAUCACCAGAGAGAGACAAGAUGUUACUGGGCUAAAAUUCCUGGUCGAAGGUGUAAAAAGCAAAAUUUUACUAAUUUUAAAUAAACUCGUAAAUUUUCUUAUUUCAACAAUUUCUCCAAUAUAUUCAACUUUUUAACCACUAAUUUUUACUAAUUUACUAGUUUUACAUUGGAAUCCAAUUGUCAUGGUAUGUUCCAAUGUGUAG